AUGUUUUUGGAUCUCGGUGAGCUGAAGAUCCACCUCUGCGAACUAGGUCCAAAUAUAAUAUCUCCAAAUGAAACCUGUGAAACUGGAUAUGACUACGCAGUGGACGACGCCGAAGUGGCUACGGUAGUCGAGAGAGUUCACUUCACCGAGACCGUUGCUCUAAAAGAACUCUUAGGACUAAAGGAAUCUCAAUCACUGGGCUCCGAUGAAAUACCGGCCAUGAAUUUGAAGGAGUUCUCCGAAGAGUUGACAAAACUACUCUCUACACUUUUCCAAACAUCCUUUGAGACUGAAGGUCUACCAGCCGAUUGGAAACCCGCCUGGAUUACGCCGCUAUACAAGGGUAGAAACCGGAUCUCCGCAAACAACUACGACCGAUCAACCUGUGAGGACAGCACAGAUCAUGAGUCAGCACUCUAG